GAGCCAUACCUUACUCCACAGCGCUGUGGAGAUAGCUCUGGCAACGCAAGACUACAGUGGGUUUUUAAACCAGUUUGAAUGAAAACAGUUGCCUGCUGCGGCCAAAAACGAUGCUUUGAAAGCCAGGAAAGUGACCCAAAACAGUAAAGUUGAAACCCAUUAUAAAGUUCCGUAAAGCUGAGUAGAGCUGUAGAUUCAGGUUCUCUGUAUGUUCAUCACUAUAAGCGGCUUCUUUCACAUUGUCAUUUGAUACAUUAUUGUUAUAAAUAUAUUAAUAUAUUGAUUAAAGUCACUUUAAACAAAAAGGUAAUUGAAAGGUCACUCACUGAAAUACUAUAUUACAGAUAAAAUAUGUUAUACUGUAGAUGCUCUGUAGAUUUGUGCUUAGUAAAUGUGAGUCAGUAAGAUUCAUUGAAAUGGGUUUGUCUGAUGAUGAGUGGCUCAUCAAAAGACACAGGGGAAUAGACAUUGAUCUUAUUUGACAGAAAGGCAGAGGGCUGCUUCUCUUAGUAGUCAAAACAGGUAAACCUUGACAGAGUUCUGUCACCAGAAAGAGAGAGAGCACCUCAUACAUAAAACAACACAGUGCGGAUGCUGAAGCACAGAAAAGGACACUUCUUUACAUAAAUCACUGCGGUGUGGUUUUUUUUAAUGGAGUUAUUCAACUCAGCUCUUGAGAAAAACAUCACUUUUGUGCAUCCUGCAUAUUUCAUAAUAAGUGGUUUAUCUGGCUUCCCAAAUAUUAACCAUUACUAUGUCUUUCUGUUUUUUGUUUUUAUUGUCUCAGUGCUGGGAAACACAGUUGUAAUGGCCGUAAUAUACUUGGAUCAUAAUCUGAGAACUCCAAAAUAUGUUGCAGUUUUUAAUUUGGCAUUUGUGGACCUGUUUGGUAACUCUGCUUUGGUGCCGAAGCUUCUUGACAUCUUUCUGUUGAACCAUUCCUACAUCUCCUACAACGACUGCUUGGCAUUCCUAUUUUUCUGCUACACCUGCCUUUCUAUGCAGUCAUUUAAUCUGGUUGCACUUUACUAUGACAGACUGAUAGCUAUCAUCUUCCCACUGCACUAUCAAGUGAAGGUGACCCACAGGUUUAUGCUGUCGUUGAUUGCCUCAUUCUGGGUCUUUGUUAUUAUUGCUGUACUCAUUGCAGUUGGCAGACUUUCCUUCUGUAAAUCUGUUGUUAUUAACAGCUAUUUCUGUGACCAUGGCCAGAUAUACAGGCUUGCAUGCAAUGACCAUUUCCCCAAUUAUAUCGUCAGCUGUUUGUAUCCUGUUCUUAUUUUUUGGCUUCCGUUCAUUUUUAUCCUGUUAAGUUACCUAUAUAUUGGCUGUACUUUGGCUAAAGUGGCCACACUACAACAAGGACUCAAGGCCUUUAAAACGUGCAUAGCUCAUCUCUCAUUGGUAGCAAUAUAUUUCAUUCCACUGUUAAUCACAUUUACCCUGAUGGAAAAAAUACAUCCAAAUGCCAGGAUCAUAAACUUGUCUCUGACCUCCGUCUUUCCUCCCAUGUUGAACCCAAUCAUUUAUGUUCUGCAGACACAAGAAAUCAAAGAGUCUGUGAAAAGGUUAUUAAAAAUCAGGGGGAAAUCCAAAAUAACAAUACAAAAAUUAACGAUAAUGUGACCAUUUGUCUAUGCUAUACACCAUGUAUUUUGGUGUUUUAUUUUCCUGUAAAUGAUCCUUUCUAACAUCACACAAAUGUUUGUUACAUUGCGUUGUGUAUAAAUCUACAAAUCUAUAAAUCAAAUAGAUCUUUUGUAACAAAAAGUAAUAAAAUCAAACAAUGUAAACUAUAAUGUAAACUAUAAUUUUCCUCCCCC